AUGAAUUUAAAUAUAUGUGAUCUUCCUUCCAAAUCCGGAAGCCCAAAUUCUACUUUACGAUCAAGACGGCUGCCUCAUGAGCGUGGAUCUAAGAGCUGGAGAUCGAGAUAUGGGCAGAGAGAUAAUGAUCGUGAAAAUCGAGAUUCUAGUAGAUUUGAACGCAGGGAAGACAGAUAUCAACCUAGAAAUAGAGAUGAGCGGGAUAGACGUGGCCCAGAAGAAGGUGGUCGGUUUGAACGGGACUCUGAACGAAGAUUUGAACGAAGAGACGAUCGAAUGAAACGAGAUCAUGAUCGCGAUAGAGAAACUGGCGGUGGUGGUGGCGGCCGAGAUUGGAGAAUGGAUCGCGAAAAUGAACGAGGAGCCAAUAAUAAAAAUGAUGAUGAUGCCAGGCCCAUGAGACGAAUACCAGAUCGAGAUAGACUUGGUCCAUCAUUGCGCAAUGAACGAGACCGUCCUGCAGCAAGAACUGAUGGCGGUGAUUGGAGAUCCGCCACAAAAUCACAGGAAUGCCAAAAGAACUGA